AUGUCGGCAAUCUCGGCCGUGAAGCUGGAGAAAGCGCUGGCGAACCUUGAGCGAAAGCUACGCAUCGAGAUCUGCGACGAGCUGGAGCACCGGCUGUCAAGGGAGCUCGCUCCGUGUCUGGCACGGCUGCAAGCGCUGGAGUCGCACCUGGAGACGCAAUUCGCAAACGAGGACCGGAAGAGCGACGAUGCGUCGGAGAUCAUCGAGGUCAAGCUCUGCUCGGACAAACCUCACACACUCGAGACCAUCGCGGACCCCAAAGUUCACGACGCUCACGAAGCUCACGAAGUUCAUCCACAGUUCCAUCCCCAGUUGGAGCACGUCCGUGCACCCGACGUGGACGAUACAACGCAGGAGCCAGUUGCAUUUAUGGAGACAACGCUGAACCUUAUCCUUGUGCUGGGAUACACGGGCAGUGGCUGGAUUGACAUUCUGAUCGCUUGCCUCCUGCUACUUGCAAGUAUGGGCAUGCAGAUCACCUUCUGCGUCAUCUUGCUGACAGAAGACUUCUUGGGCAACCCUUUCGCAGACAAUGUUGCAAUUGCGGAAAAUUGGCGGCGAAGUGUUGCGCACGACUACAAGUACAUGGACUUGGAGCAGACUAGCCUGACCUCCAGGGUUUGCAAUGGCGAUGGCAAGUUGAUCCUGUCAACAGAGCACGCUUCACUGCUCGGACAGAUCAACGAUUUCCUCGACCUGCAACAGGAUGGCUUUGAGUUGUCAUAUUUUCAGCCUGGCACACUUCUCUGCAUGCUUUGCAUCUUCCUUUGGUGCCUUUACAUCUGCAACGAGCUCCGGUCCUCCCUGCUUUCCUUGGAAGCCGUGGCACAGGUGCCGCGAUCUGGGCGGAGCAAGUUGCAACGGGGCCAUCUCCUAUGCCUCUCUCAAUCUCGGUUCUUAGUGUACUGCCUGUUCCGGUGCUACCGCAUUGGCAUUGCAAUGGGACUCCUUUAUGCAGGGGUCUUGUGGCUUGGUGCCACCACCUCCAUCACGGACUUAAUCCUGAAUGCUGUCGCGCUGUCGGCCGUCCUCCAGGUGGAUGAGAUCUUCUAUGCUGCGCUCAUGCCCAAGCAGGUCCAGACCAGUAUCCUGGACCUUGAAGCCAUCAAGGUCACAUACACCCACCGGCGUAGCCAGCUUGAGUCGUUGCUUCUGUUCGCUUUCAUGGCUGGCCUCACCCUCUGGUCCUACUUCAGUGUGGUUAAGCCCUUGACCGAGAGCAUGAUGCAGGUUAAGCAGGCAUACUGCGGUGGCAGACAAGAUUUUGUUGUUGCAUCCAACACGAACCAGAACAUCACUGUCGGGCUGCAGACGCGCAUAUUCCAAAGAAGUGAAGAUGCUGCCAACGCUGCGCAAUUCGCUGUUGAGCAGUGGAUUCAGAAGCCAAUUGGCGCAAGCCCACUUUACAUUGCAUUUGCACGAGACAAUGCGCACUUCGAUGAGCGGCUGGCACAGACCAUGGAAGGAAAGGCAUUGUCAGAAGGGGAAUGUAUCAACUGGGACACCGUGUUCCUGGGAAAUCUGACGCACGACCGCCACGAGAUGUUUCGGCCGUAUUUCUACAGUGCCAGCUUGACAUUGGGCUUGCCAGCAGAUACAAAUUGCUCAGGCAUGGCGUCGUUCUGCGACACAUUUGCAGGACGAGUUCUGCGUUUCGUGUGCCCGCGAACCUGUGGAUGUCACGAACGAGAUGCCCAGCCUUUACUUCGAGUGGCAUCCGAGGGCUGCCCCUCGGGCUGCGCCAAUGAAGCCCAGGCUGCAAUGAGGUCAACACCCUGUCAGGAUGACGACGUGUCUGAGAUGCAGGUGAAAUGGGACUUCUUUUGGGACACGUACACAGCCGUCAUGCUUUAUGUCUUCAAUAUCGAAGAUGUGAAUGCCUCUGGGUACGCCUGGCUUGAAAGUGCCGUCCAGCAGGUCAAGAAGGUGGGAUGCCCUGGCAUCGGCGGAGUGGACUUUCCCCUUGAUCCCUUCACAGGGCGGACGUGGUGCGAAGGGCAUGCUGACGUUUACCGGCCCCUGGCGUGGCUCUGCCCGGAGUCCUGCGCCUGCGCCGGAGCAGAUCCUCUGCCAGAAUACUGUCCACAGAGCUGCGCAGGCUGCAAAGACGCUGACACAUUUCCUGUUGUGGGAGGCAUUUCCAACUGCGAUCAGGCCAAAGCUGCAGGGCUCUGCGUCCAAUUCCCAGAUCAGGCGCUCGCAUAUUGCGCUGAGACUUGCAACCUUUGCCACCUUAUCGGGAAUUCUACGGCGAGACGCAUGGGCAGUGUAUGGGCAUGGGAGAACGACGCAGAGUUCGGAGAACCUGCUCUGGAGAGCAUUCGGAGACAUCACCGCCGACAUCAGAGCCCUUGA